CGCUCCGGAAGUGAAGCUGCCAGACCACCGGCUAAUGGAUGCGGAGCGGAGGGCCUGCUGACCGCUCUCCGCGCCAGGAUCAGCUUGGCUUGGCUGGAGCUGAGAGACACCCAGACACGCCAUUGUGCAGAGUUGGGUGACAUCUUCCUGAGCUGGAAGUGGAAUGAAUACAUAAGCUCCUUGGCUGUCAUGGAAUGUUUUGGAACACAUAAACAGGAGCCCAAGCCACUCUGCUGGGAGACUUCCCUCCAGGAGUUCUGGGUGCCAGAGUGAAGGCGACUCCCCACUGGUUAGAGUGAGGUGAGGCGGCACAGACCCAGAGGGCAGAGAAAGCAGCUCUUGCACGUGCUUCCCGUGGGGCAGCCCCCCAACGUGGCUGCGUGAGAGAAAUAGCACCCACUGGGCUGUAGAGCCCCAGCCCAUGGUCCUGUCGUAAAUGAGAUGCUAACCAGCCACCUUGAGUCAGGUCUGAAGACCUCACAGAAAGUGACAAGUUCUUGCCACUGUGCAGUAAGGGUUAUUGGUCCAGAAGACGAGGACCCAGGGCUUGUUCACUGGCGGGUUGUAAGUUUAGAAGCUCAUCCAGGAUAUCCUCAAUUCUAAGGCAGCACCUAUCUGCACCACAAACUAAUCAGGAGCCGUAGAGUUCAAGUGAGUCAGUAUCAGGGGCGAUGGCGCUGGCACUGUUGGAGGACUGGUGUAGGAUCAUGAGUGUGGACGAUCAGAAGUCACUGAUGGUUAUGGGGAUACCACUGGACUGCAAUGAAGCUGAGAUUCAAGAGAUCCUCCGGGAGACUUUGAAGUCUCUGGGCAGGUAUAGAAUGCUUGGCAAAAUAUUCAGGAAGCAGGAGAACGCCAAUGCUGUGUUGUUAGAGCUUCUGGAGGACACUGACGUCUCUGUGAUCCCCAGCGAGGUUCAGGGAAAGGGGGGUAUCUGGAAAGUGAUCUUUAAGACCCCUAACCAGGACACUGAAUUUCUUGAAAGACUGAACCUCUUUCUAGAGAAAGAGGGGCAGACGGUCUCAGGAAUGUUCCGAGCGCUCGGGCACGAGGGAGUGUCUCCAGCGUCCAUGCCCUGCGUCUCACAGGAGUUACUGGCCCAUCUAUUGGGACAGGCAAUAGCACAUGCCCCUCAACCUCUGCUCCCCAUGCGGUACCGGAAACUGAGAAUGUUCUCAGGGAGCGCUGCGCCUGCCCCAGAGGAAGAGCCCUUUGAAAUCUGGUUGGAACAGGCCACCGAGAUAGUCAAAGAGUGGCCGGUAGCAGAGGCAGAAAAGAAAAGAUGGUUGACGGAAAGCCUUCGUGGCCCUGCCCUGGACCUCAUGCACAUAGUCCAGGCAGACAAUCCGUCUGUAAGUGUAGAAGAGUGUCUGGAAGCAUUUAAGCAAGUGUUUGGAAGCUUGGAGAGUUGUAGGACCUCGCAGGUGAAAUACCUGAAGACCUAUCAGGAGGAAGGAGAGAAAGUCUCAGCCUACGUGUUGCGGUUAGAAACCCUGCUGCGGAGAGCUGUGGAGAAGCGGGCCAUUCCCAGGAACAUCGCGGACCAGGUCCGCCUGGAGCAGGUCAUGGCCGGAGCGAGCCUCAGCGAGAUCCUCUGGUGUAGGCUCAGGGAGCUGAAAGACCAGGGGCCGCCUCCCAGCUUCCUGGAGUUAAUGAAGGUAAUCCGCGAAGAAGAGGAAGAAGAGGCCGCUUUUGAAAACGAGAAUAUUGAAGAGCCAGAAGAUGGGGAUGGCUAUGGCCACUGGGGUAACGAUGACUAGAACCCAACUCACAGGGGGACCCACAACCUGGAGGCAGCGCCUUACCAGGCUGAGACCCUCUCAGUCUUUUUUUCUUUAAUUUGCACAGUUGCAAUCAAGGCAUUCAAGCCAGGUCUUGAUUCUCCUAAGAAAAAAAUAUACCUGAGAGUUCCUUGGACCCUACAUAGAUUAUUAAUAAAUAAAACAUUAAAUUCCAAGUAUGAGAUAUUACACCUAAAGAAUCUGAACCAGGUUUCCUUUAAAUACGUCCCCCCAAAAGACCAAAAUAAAGAAAUAAUGUGAGAAAAAAAUAUCUUUUGUCAUGUAUUUAAAAAUCCAAGCUCUUUGACUUAAGUGUUUUCCUUUCUCGAAUCAGCAAGCUGUCUCUGAGUACCAAGCCAUGUGAGGCAGUGUUCAAAGAGCUAAUGGUCGUAAACCCACCACCCUGGCCCUGCUCUUGGAGAAGAUAUAGCCUCUGAGCAUGAAAAGCUAAAUAACCUUACGUGUAAAUAAGUUCACGAUGCCAGUAGAAGCCAAGAUAAGUGUCAUUGCCAAAUGAGCACGACAUCUCCAUUUUAGGUUUCUCUCUUUUCCUACAAGCAUUUCCAGCUUCUCUGCUGGGUGUCAGAUAUAUGGUUCCAGGCAGUGUGUUGGGCCCUGAGGACACAGGGGUCCACAAUGUGAGGGACAUCCUUAAGAAGGGGUAGACAUCACGGGAGGGCCAGCCAGAGCAUGGGGCGUGUGGGCCAUGUUUGGAAUCAGGCCAGCCUGGUUAAAGAGGAGGAUUUUUAGUGGCGACAAAGGGCAAAGAGGAGAGGAAGAGCGCUCACAGUUACUGAGGACCUGCUCUGUGCCAGGCAUUUUACAUGUAUCUCAUUUUGCGUAUACAGCAUCCCCAACGUGGUAUAAUUAUGUUCAUUUUAAAAGAGAAAGAGGGACUUCCUUGGCAGUCCAGUGGUGAAGACUUCACCUUCCAAGGCAGGGGGUGCAGGUUCAAUCCCUGGCGGGGGAACUAAGAUCCCACAUGCCUCAUGGCCAAAAAUCCAAAAUAUAAAACAGAAACAAUAUUGUAACAAAUUCAAUAAAGACUUUAAAAACAGUCCACAUCUACAUAUAUACAAUGGAAUAUUACUCAGCCAUAAAAAGGAACGAAAUUGGGACAUUUGUAGAGACAUGGAUGGACCUAGAGACUGUCAUACAGAGUGAAGUAAGUCAGAAAGAGAAAAACAAAUAUCGUAUAUUAACGCAUAUAUGUGGAAUAUAGAAAAAUGGUACAGAUCAACCAGUUUGCAAGGCAGAAAUAGAGACACAGAUGUAGAGAACAAACAUGUGGACACCAAGGGGGCGGGUUGGGUUGGGGUGAAUUGGGAGAUUGGGAUUGCCAUAUAUACAUUACUAACAAGAAAAAAAAUACCAAAUUGUCCACCCUAAAUAUAUGCAGUUUAUUGUCUGCUAACUGUAUCUCAAUAAAAGCUCUAAAAAAAAAAAAUUCUUAAAACAGUCCACAUCAAAAAAAAAAUCUUAAAAAAAUUAAUUAAUUAAUUUUAAAAAAUAAAAGAGAAGGAAGAACUCAGAUGGGUUACAUGGUCUGCUCAUCAUCAAAAUGCUAACAUGUGGCAGAGCCCAGACGGAAGUCCAAACCUCUCUGACUCUGGCUCAUCCUCUCUCCACUGUGAUUACGGUAUUCAAAUUGUGCUUUGCAGUUCUGCAGGGAUUUUUCAGCAGUUCCAUCUUGAAAAUGUAUUCUAAACUCUUUAAAUCCCUAAUAAAUAACAGAUAGACACAAGUAUGUUGAUACCCAAAUUUUAACAUGCUGGCAUUUAUCAACAGGCUCACUUUUGUUUCCAGAUUAACUCAUUUUGUGCAGACCUUGGAAGAAAGGUUCCCUUGCAAAUUCUGAGCACAUAUCCAAACUUCUUUUACUUCUUCAUCGAUUAAGGAAGUCUUAGCACCUCAGAGAUGUUUAAAUCAGGCCCAUGCGUGUCCUGUGACGUCAUGUGUGCUUCAAGCAGAAAUGAACAUCAUUUAGUUACAUGCUAGGCAAAGCUUCAACACAAUUGAUGUAUAGCAGCAUGGUAGCUUUUUAUAUACAAUGAACAAGUGGCUUAACUUCUCUAAAUAUCAGUUUCCUCAUCAGAAAAAUGGGAGGAUAAUGGAAUAGGGUUGUUGUUAGGAUCAAAUGACAUCACGCCUUUUAAGCACUCAGCAUAAUAUCUGGAACACAGAAAGCCCUCAAUACAUCAAGGCUCUUUUUAUUAUUUUCACAAUGCUUAUUGUCUGGUCAAUGCAUGCUCUCUUCCUUUUCUAACAGUCCUGCAGUAACAAGUAAAUGUGUAAUCUGGCUGUCAGGUUGUGACAAUAUUACAUUAGAAACCAUUUCGGCACUUGUGGUAAGUUUGAGCGCUUGUUGUCUGUUAUCUUUGUGAUAAAUUUUCCAGCUAUUGUUGGCUAUUGUUAGUGAUUAUAAGAAAUAAAUUCUUUCUGAUCAUGAAUAAUUUUAACUGAAUGUCCUGAGAUUGUAAGAAAAGCAUUUUUUUAAAAAGGUACCGUUUGUGAUCAUUUAAGUUAUACUUCUCAAUAUUGUUCAAUCAAAGUGAUACAACUGUCAUCCUAUACACCCUGAUUUUGUGUGUUUUUUGUAUUCAUGAAAAUGGCCUCAUUGUUCGCAUGUAUUCACAGUAUGCAAAUUAAAG